UACAAAAAUGACAAUGGCUACAAACUUUUUCAACAUAGACACAUUGACAAUGUUGUUGUCAAAUUCUUAUCGUACAACCAUUUCUAUAUAAAAUGUACAUGUGUUCCAGAAACUAGACAGUCAGAAAAGCCAUACACAACAUGGAUUCUUAUGGAUAAUGAUGGCACUGUAAAAUCUGGGGGUUGUACUUGUGUUGCUGAUGACGGAACAUGCAAACACUGCGUGGCUUUGUUAUUUUCUCUUCAGUCCUUUUCUGAGAGACACAAGGAUAGGGGAGAGGAAACCUGCACAGACAAACCAUGCAAGUGGGACAAACCAAGGAUAACUUCACACCCAGUCACAGUUGAGGAGAUAUCGUUUCGUAGGAAUUCAAGUCAUCCAGAUAAAAAAGACAAUUACAACCCGGUUUCAAAUCAAAGGCAUAUAUCACACAGGGAGAUCACAAAGAUAUUGUACAAAACAUGUAAACAUUAUGGUUCUGUGUUUAUGCACACUGUAGAUCCACCUUCGGAUGACAGUAGUGAUAAAGAAGAUUCAUUAGAAAUCAAGGAACUCAGUGAUAUAAUAAGUGAUUACAAACAACAAAAUCCAAUCGGAAAUGAAAAUGAGUUGAUUGAUUAUCUCAGAAAAAUUCAUUCAAAAGAUGUAAUCAAUCAAAUAGAAAAUUUGACUAAGGAUCAAACAGAUAAUGCUAUGUGGUACAAAUACAGGAAAGGUCGAAUUACAGCUUCGGUGAUGGGUUCUGUUUACAAAUGCAGAAUUGAAAAUCUUGCAACAGAAAACUAUAUUGUGAAAAAAAUUUUUGGCAGAUCUUCUUUUUCUUCUGCAGCUACAGAAUAUGGGAAAGCAAUGGAAAGUGUAGCUCUUCAACAAUACUUCUUUCAAUACUCUAAAGAUCAUUCAAAAGCCCAAAUUAUGAAAUCUGGUUUAGUAAUUAGUGAAAAUUAUCCUUUUAUAGGUGCAUCCCCAGACAGUUUAAUUUCUUGCCAGUGUUGUGGUAAUGGCAUUGUGGAAAUUAAGUGCUCAUACACCCAUCAGCAUAACUUUAUCAAGGACAUUGCUGCAAGUAAUGACUAUCACAUACUUUUACACGAGGAUAAUAUUGUAUUGAAUAGAUCAUCCUCAUGGUACACUCAAAUUCAGACUCAACUUUUCUGCACUGGGCUUCAGUGGUGUGAUUUUGUAUUAUAUACCCGAAAAGACAUGGCAAUUGAAAGAAUUGUAUUUGAUCCAGAAUACUUUGAUUGUUGUUUAAAAAAAGCUUGUAUCUUUUUCCACAAAUUCUUGACAUAAGUUGUAUAAAUAAAAUACUGAGUGAUUGA